AUGAUGACUGAUAUUAAAAGUCGGAUGUUCUUCUACUUUAUCGUAUUUAUCAUUAUCUCUCUAAUAAUUGGUCAACAACAACAACAAUAUCAAUCAUCUGUGACUAUUGUUGUCUUGCUUGAUUAUCACGACCCAUUACUAAAAUAUCAUCUUGAAACAUUAAUUGCUGACUAUGAACAAGAAUGGAUUAUAUCAUCUAUUUAUUUACAAACCAAUACUAAAUUAAACAUUGAAACAAUUACAUAUCAAUCUCGAUAUCAAUUAAAACUAUUAGAAAAAUUAUGUCAACAUUUAAAUUCAACAAAUUAUUUAUUUGCUAUAACACAUUUUCGUUAUCAAUCACCGAUAUAUGUUCAUGCAAUUCUUUCACAAAUGCAUAUUCCACAUAUGGCUGUAUCAAUGACAACAAGCAAUGCAACAAAUAGUUAUACAUUACAUAUGCAAACAAGUUCUGAACAUUUGAGCAUGGCUAUACGUGAUAUAAUUGAUCAUUUUGAUUGGGGUUACGAUCAUAAUAAAUUACUUUUUGUUUAUGAAAAACAUAAAAGUCUUGGUCUUUUAUCUGAUAUUUUACGUGUAAAAAAUGAUCGUCAACCAGCAAUCAUAUUAAAAGCAAUAACAAUGGAAUCAAAAGACAAAAUGAAUGCUCGUUCAAUACUUGCUGAAUUAAGAGAUAAAGCUGAUCCAAGUAAAAAAAUUAUUAUAUCUUUAAGUCAAAAGUUACUUGAUGAAUUUUUAAUGGAUGCACAAAAUUUAGGUAUUGUUAGUAUUUAUUAUCAUUUAUUAAUUAUUGGAGUUGAUGCAAGACAAUUGAAUUGGGCACAUUUUUAUGAAAGUGGAGUUCGAUUAUCUAGUAUACAAUUAGUGCCAAAUAAAUCAACACACAAUUACCAAAUUGAACAAGCUUUGAUUAAAGAUGCAUUAGAUGCAAUAAAAUAUAUUUUAAGAAAAUUAUUAUUUGAUAAUGAAUAUGAAAAAGAACGAUUAAUUCCACAACAAGAAUGUUCCUGGAAAAAAUUGUUUACAGCAAAUAGUUAUACAACAUUUACACAACAUAUUGGUGAAACACUACUAGAAAUAAGUAAAACGAUCAAAUUUCUUGGUGCAACCGGCAUAGUUGAUUUUGAUCAAGCAGGUUUACGUCGAUCAAUAAAACUUAAAGUACUUGAUUUAAGUGAACAUGGUAUGGUUGAAAUAGGUACAUGGACAAAUAUGAAUCGAUUAAAUAUAAAUCAGCUUGGUUUUCAACAAAUGUCAGCUAUUCGUAAACAUUUACAAGUUGUUACACGAGAAGAAAAACCUUAUGUUGUACGAAAAGUACAUAUUAAUGGUUCAAUUUAUUUCGAAGGAUAUUGUAUUGAUAUGCUUGAUGAAAUAGCUCGACGACUUCAGUUUAAUUAUUCAAUACGUAUCGCAGCAGAUGCUGCUUAUGGUAAAGAAGAUGAAACUGGACGAUGGUCAGGAAUUAUUGGUGAACUUACUCGUCGGACAGCAGAUUUAGGUAUUGGAGCAUUAACAAUAACAUAUCCACGAGAACAAGUUAUCGAUUUUACAAAACCAUUUAUGACUUUUGGUAUAACAAUUUUAAUUCGUAAACCAUUGAGACCUCCACGUAAUUUAUUUGCUUUUUUGGCACCACUUACUCGUGAAGUAUGGUUUUUUAUGGCUAUUGCUUAUAUUGGUGUUAGUCUAUUUCUUUUUUCUAUGGCACGCUUUUCACCAUAUGAAUGGCAAAGUCCUUAUUCAUGUAAACGUCAUACUGAAUAUCUUAUUAAUCGAUUUACUAUUGUAAAUUGUUUUUGGUUUACUAUUGGUUCAUUAAUGAAACAAACUAUUGAUUAUGGUCCACGUUCAUUAUCAACACGUGUACUUAUUGGUGCUUGGUGGUUUUUUUCAUUAAUUAUGAUUGCUUCAUAUACAGCUAAUCUUGCUGCUUUUCUUACAACUAAACGUCUUAAAUCACCGAUUGAUGAUAUUGAAGCAUUAGCUAAACAAACUGAGAUUAAAUAUGGUGCUUUAAAAGGUGGUAGCACUGAACAAUUUUUUCGAAGUUCAAAAAUUCCUAUAUAUGAACGUAUGUGGUAUUAUAUGUCAUCUCGACCUGAAUUAUUUCCUGAAACAACUGAAGAAGGUAUUGAAUGGGUAAAAAAUAGUAAAUAUGCAUUUUUACUUGAAUCAGCAACAAAUGAAUAUAAUGUUCAACGUCAUUGUGAACUUAUGCAAGUUGGAGGUUUAAUUGAAUCGAAAAGUUAUGGAAUUGGUACAACACAUGGUUCACCAUAUCGUGAUCGUAUAUCUAAUGAAAUUUUACAAUUACAAGAAAAUGGUUUUCUUAAUAAUUUAUAUAUAAAAUGGUGGAAAGAACGUAAUUUACCUGAACGAUGUGAUGAUUCCGAUGUUGAUCACAGGAAAAAAUCAUUUACAAAUGAACUUGACUUAAAAAAUAUUGGUGGUGUUUUUGUUAUGUUAAUAAUUGGUCUGUCAUUUUCAUUUAUUGUUACAUCACUUGAAUUUUAUUUUAAAGCAAAACGACGUCGAUUAUUAGAUGGAAAAUCAACAACUAUUAAAGAACGUCUUAAACGUGAUCUUCAUUUUGCAUUAUGUACAAAUUGUACAUCGAGUCGACCAACAUUUAUACAUGAAAAAGACAGUAUUGACAAAAUAGAAAAUAAUAAUGAUGAAAUAUUUGAAGAUUUAAAUAUAAAAUCAAAUUGUAUUCAAAAUAAUCCUCAAGAAACAAUAACAUCAAUUGAUCAUGAACGAUUAACAAUUGUGCCUCUUAAUCAUUCACCAUGUCAUCGUAUUACUUAA